AUGCUUAUCUCCGCCACCAUAAAGGCUCUCCGAUCCGGACCCUUCGGUGAUUUCCGUGACGAACUCGCGAAGGAUGGAGUCACCGUAGUCAAGAAUGCCAUCCCCAGAGAACGAGCUCUUGAAUACAGGGACGAAGCCUUCAAGUGGCUCGAGGCUUGGCCAUUUGGGUUCAAGCGAGACGAUCCCAGUACAUGGAACAAUGAUCAUCUUCCUAUCCAACAGCCCAACCGUCCGGGGAUGUAUGACGCAUAUGGGGUCCAUCACGAGCAGUUCAUGUGGGAUAUACGGACCGAGCCAGGGGUUCAUGGGGCCUUUGCAAAACUUUGGGGAACAGAGGAGCUCGUCUCGUCGUUUGAUGGCUUGACCGUGAUGUUACCUACAAACCCAAAACCAAAGGAGAUGUUCUGGCCUCACAUCGAUCAAUCACCUCAUCGUCGAGGAUUCUUCGUAGCCCAAGGCUUGGUCAAUUUGAAUGACAAUGGUCCACAAGAUGGAGGGUUGUUGGUGAUGAAAGGAUCGAGCUCCGUAUUAGAACAAUUUUUCGAUGAAGUCGGCAGACCACCACUCCCUUCGAGCAAAAUCGACUGGCACCUCUUCUCGAGAGACGAAAAACAAUGGUUCCUCGAUCACGGAUGCGAGUGGGUGAAAGUUUGCGCCGAACCUGGUGACCUCAUCCUGUGGAGCAGCUCGACCAUUCAUCAAAACACUCCUCCCCAGACCGAUCAACCUCGAGUGGUCAGCUAUGUCUGUAUGGGUCCCAGCCACCUUCAGACCUCAGAGGAUAAGGCCAUACGUAGCAUGUGUUGGACCCUUGGGGAUGGUACGACACACGCACCUUUCCACGGCGUCGCAUCUGCCAAAGUCGCACCAUAUAUCCGAGAUCAAACGGGGCUGCCGGAUAGGGAGUGGGAUCGACGCAUCAAUCCUGUCAAACCGACGAAGAAGGUUUUACAGUUGGCUGGUCAACUGCCAUACUGA